AUGCCUUCCGAAAGCUUCGAAACGAUCUCUGACAAAGAUAGAGCUCGAAUCGCCUCUGAAUUCAUCGUACAUGCGCCGCCGGGAGAGUUCAAUGAAGUGUUCAACGAUGUUCGAGUUUUGGUUAAUAACGAUCAGCUUCUAAGAGACGGUUGUGCCCAGGCGUUUCGCCAAUAUGAUAAAGACCAAUUCACUCCUGUCAAGACUGAGAGUGGACAGAAACCGUCCCUUGUCACACAGUUUAAUGAGUUGGAUAAUGGACGAUUCUUCGACCAGCGGCACAAGAAGAUAUUCUCAUUCGACCAUCUGCGCAAAGAGUGUUUCGAUGUGCAGUCGUUCGAUGACAUGGGUAUUCGAGUGAAGGUCGAACCGCAUCGUUCGGCUGUUCAGGCCGCAAUUGACAGCUAUACCGCUGACCACUACAAAGACGGCGUUUCGAUCGUGGUUUCGGACGUCGACCCUGCUAGUGGGCAAAUCAAAUUGAUCGUCUGUAUCGAAUGCCACUUGUUCCAGCCUAAAAAUUUUUGCAAUGGUAAGUGGUGUUCUCAAUGGUCAUUAACGUUUUCACCCGAAGACAAGACGACCGAAAUCCUGGGUUUAAUAAAAGUUCGUGUUCAUUAUUACGAGGAGGGCAACAUCCAACUGAUUAGCUCGAAAGACGUCAAGAGAAAAGUGUCAAACCUCGUAAGAUCAGACGUUAACAGUUUCGCCAAAGAAGUUGCCAAGAUCAUCGAAGAAGAAGAAAGCAUUUAUCAAGUGGCUGUGUCUGGAAAUUACCAAACGAUGAGCGACACAACUUUCAAAGCUUUGCGACGACAGCUUCCUGUCACUCGGACGAAGAUCGAUUGGUCUAAGCAGAGUUACGGUAAAAUUGGCUUAGACCUGACACAGCAAUAA